ACAUCUGCAAUGAUAACAUUCCAAGUGUUCUGCUGUUUUAGGCCCCAGAGAGUCCAUAUUUAAUUGAAGGUAAUUCUAAGUACUUAUAAGUAUUUAGAAGUCUAAAAAUCACACAUAUCAGCUGCAGCACACUUGUGACUCUUUUGUUUCGUUGCAAAAGAUUAAGUAAACAGUUAUGAUGAUCCAUCCAACGUGUAACCUAAAAAUCAACUUUGUCGAAAUUCAGACGUCUGUAAAACACAAUAAAGGUAUUAAUUGAACCUAAAUUCAACGUUUUCUUGAGUGACUACAUUUUAACGCAUAAGCUUUCGAAAACUAAUGAAAUAAAUAGUUGUUUUGAAGUAAACUACUUAUAUGCGCUCUGACUAGUAAGUGGUAGGUAUAGGUAUAUGGUAAAGGACGGAAUGACGUUGGCGACACUGUGUCGCAAACAGCUGGGAAAAGUCGAACUUUCGCAUGCAUCGGCAUAAUCUAACUAUAGAGACUAUUGCUGUCCGAGCUGUAGCAACUAGCCAGAGCAACUCCUGUGCAAAUACAGUUUGAACUUUAAAGUAAUUUGUUUAACGCGCGACAACAAUUGUAUAAGAAGGUGGUUCGAGUGAAAAGUCGCUACUCAUGAUUCUGCGGACUAUACGAAGAAAAGCCGAGUCUUUUCUGCCGCUGUCGCUAUGGCUAAAAUCUCAGAGGAAGCUCAGCACAACAGAACUAGCACAAUUGACUCCCGAGGCUAUUCUCAAUGACCAGGUACGAGCAGCAUGCAUAAAACGACUGAAGCUUAUCAGUCUGACGAAGAAAUCAGGAAAUGAUGCGAGUCAAGCAGCUGUCCUGGUUCCUCUGUGUAUGCAUAAUGGAAAAUUGGGCCUUUUAUAUACUUUACGAUCAAACAAAGUGAGUAUGAAUCGAGGACAAGUGUCUUUUCCAGGUGGUAAGAAAGACAAUAAUGAUGCAACCUUGGAGGACACAGCAUUGAGAGAAACAUGGGAAGAAUUACACAUACCCAGGGAUACGGUUGACGUAUGGGGUAGUGGGAAUUUGGUAGAAAGGAAACAUGUAAGCGUGUUGCCAGUUUUGGGUUUCAUUGGUGAAGUUGAUCCCAAAAGCCUGCCUGUGAAUACACACGAAGUGGAAGAAGCAUUUGUUCAGCCACUGGAAAAACUCUGUGAUCCGCAAUUCUGUCGAUAUACACAAUUUAGGGAUAAUUACACACUGCCAACGUACAUUGGAGGAGAUCACAAAAUCUGGGGUCUGACAGCAGUAAUAACGCACCUAGUCAUGAGUGCUCUUGUGCCAGGCGUUUACAAGCAUAAGAUUGCAUACUUGAAGCCCAUCAGAGGAGAGAGCGAAAAAUCAUCAACUUCCAGCAAAGCUCAAAAAUCUUGAUUCCCGUAAAUGACGACGGCGCGUAUAUAUUUUUUGAUUUCUUGAGAGUACCUCGAUACGAAAAUAUUCAGUCUUUCAAUUUGUUUAACAAGAACCAAAUAAUAUAUAUUUUUCUAUUUAAUCUUGUACAAACUUGUGUUUGUCCAGAAAAAUGUACAAUUUGUAUAAAACAUUACACUUUGUAUGUUUGUAUAUUUAAAAAUCCAUGAUAUCAUUUGACGUUUUAAAUGUUUAAAACUCGUGCGAGAGAUAUAAUAAAACGAGUCGAUAAGUUA